UUUCUUCAGUGAAAGCUUGGAAUUUAGUCAUUGUAUUUCAUACCUUUUUUUGGAAAACCACACAUUUUUCUGGUAAAUGUGUUGACAUUUAAAUUGUGUUAAUGUCUUAGAUUAAUUAUUAGCACAUUAUGGUCUUUCUGAGUGUAGGGAAAAAUAAGAAACUGAAGACAGAUAUAGGCAGAAUAGCUGAAACAGCAGCAGACAAGAAUUAGGGCUUUGAACAUGACGCAAAAGUGAGCCAGUACAGGGACUGUGAGAAAGGACUGACAUGAGGCGAAGAAGGAAGAGAAACACAAGGCAAAAUGCAGAUUAAACGGCCAUUAAAAAGUGAAUCACACUCUCACUCACCUCUGCACUGAAGCAGUGUCCCAGACCCAGUACCUCUGUCCUCGUCUCGGACCUGCUACUGGGACGACUUACACACCGUGCUCUUGUACUCGCAGUGGAUGAAGGAGUUUAGGGAGAAGGCAGAAGCACUGCAAAAUCUCUUUGUGAGGUUGAGAGAGAAACUCGUUCAGCACUGAGGAGUCAGAAACAUUGACGAUUCAAGAGGUUUGUGAAUGGGCAACUGUUCUCAAUACCUCUGACUCAGGAACAUGUCUGGGACUAAGAGCUUCAUUCUUUUCUGUCUGCUUAAAACUGUCUUUUGUGAAGAACUUUUUGGUUUUGAGAUUACAAUGCCUGAUAAGAUACCAGCCUUGACUGGUUCCUGUGUGCUGAUUCCCUGUAGUUACCAAAUUGAAGAAGCAUUCAAGGGGCAUCUGCAGUUUCCCCUUACUGGAGUUUGGAUAAAGGGUGGAAUCAGUGGAUCUAGAGUGUUUAACUCAGACACAAAAGGACCUGACAACCGGUGGGAGAUUCCUGGCAAGUUAAAUCAAAACAACUGCACCACAAUUCUGAGAAACGUAACAAAAAGCGAUAACACCACAAUUUACUUCAGAAUUGAACCUAUUAAAUAUACCUAUCGAAAAGGAACUGAACUUACAGUUACAGGUAGACCACGGAAACCAAAAUUACCACCACCAGCAGAAGUGCAGGAGGGGACCCCUGUGACAUUAACCUGCACUACUGCUGCCCCCUGUCCCACACUCCCCCCAGCCCUCACAUGGACCCCCAGCCUGAAUGAGACUGUGGAGCAACAGGAGGUAGAGAAUGAGGACAAAACCACAUCUGUGUCUUCUGUCCUGACCUUCACUGCUUCACAUCUCCACCAUGAGCUGAACAUCACCUGCACUGCGCUCUAUCCACUGGAACAGAGCAAUGUCACCAAGAGUUCUGAGAGGACUGUGACUAUCAGAGUACGGUAUUCCCCUAAAAACACUUCAGCCUCAGUCAGCUCCUCUGGCACAAUAUUACAAGGCAAUUCUGUGACUCUGACCUGCAGCACCAAUGCCAACCCACCAGUGACCAACUACACCUGGUUCAAAGUGAACGGGAGUAAGACAGUCCAAACAGGGGCUGAACAGACUCUCACUUUCAAUAUAACUGACACUGACAGUGUACAGUACUACUGCGAAGCACAGAACGAACACGGGAAGGGGAAUUCGACAACGGUGCAGCUUCAAGCAGAAUAUCCCCCAAAGGACACAUCUGUAUCAAUCAGUCCAUCUGAUGUAGUAUUACAAGACAGUUCAGUGACCCUGACCUGCAAUAGCAAUGCCAACCCACCUGUGAGAAACUACACCUGGUUUAAAGUUAACGAAGGUCAGGUUACACAGACGGGAUUUGGAAACAAUCUCACUUUUAAAGUAAUUAAAUUCGGUGACAGGGGACAGUACUACUGUGAAGCAAAGAAUCAACAUGGAGCUGAUAAAUCUUCAGAAGUCAACGUGACUGUGAAAUAUGCACCAAACAUAUUGAACACUUCCAGCUGCAUCAGGAGAACAAGUGACAUCAUUUGCCAGUGUGAAAGCCAGGGUAAGCCCCCACCCACUAUUGAGUGGCUCCUCUCUGGACACAAAGUCAGCAAUGGCUCUACUGACCACGUGAUUAAGGAAGAGCAGCUGGCCAGCGGAGGCCUGAAGAGCACCCUUAUUCUACAGAUAACACCUGGAAACACUGCUGAUAUUCAGUGUGUCAGCAGGAAUGACGCCGGAUAUUACCGUCUACAAUUUUACGUAGCUCCUCCAGAAUCACCUCCAGAGAACCUUUUGAAUUGGAAAACCCUGCUGAUUGGGGGGGCUAUUGGUGCUGUGUUGAUGUCAUUGUUCUGCUGUCUGCUGCAGUGUUUUCAAAAGAGAAAAAAAGAUAUUCUCAGGCCAUCAUUAACCAAAACCAGCAUGGAGGACACAGCUGAACUGAUUCACAUGAAUGGAGAACAGCAGGUACAAACAAAUAAUCCCCCACAAGACGAUGAGUCCGUGUAUGCCAAUAAAGAAGAGCUCUCGAAAGAUGCAUGGACUGAACACCCAACAGACACACUUCAUUACACCACUGUGGAUUUUUCCAAACUCCAACCCAAAGACCACGGGGCAAUUUCUCCUGUGAUCAUAUCGUCAGGGAACCAGACGGACUACGCUGUGAUCAAAAUCAAAAGAGCCGGAGUGGAUGCAAGUGGCAAGUCGGCGCCAAAUGAGAAAAAUUACGCAGAGGUCCGCAGAUCAAACGAGGUGGAGGACAAGCGAGCUGGGACUCUGCCUGUUUCACGGCCCGCUGACAAACCCUCAGAUCAAGACGAUCCAUCUGAAGGCGAGAACGAAGAGCAGGGAGCGAGCUCUCUCCCCUCUGCCUCUGAAGAGUGUGAAUAUGGAAAUAUUCAGCGGUCCGGGGCAGCUAAAAAGCAGCCAUUGCCAGCUGGGCUGCAAUCACAUGACAGCAGGGAUAACGAAGAAGAGUCAGAACAGAACGUUUCCGAGUCCGUUUUGAAUGACUCUGUACAACUUCACCCUCCAACCAGCAACACCAAGAAGCACUGUGUAGAAGAAGAAAAUGAAUACGCAGAGGUUAAGCGGUCUAAAUAGUCAACAGAUAUCAAUCAGACAAUAUUUCUCCUACUAAAUCACUUCAUUAUACAAAAAAGAUCAAUUAAUUUUUUUCUAAAGUUACAAGGAAAUAUACAACAUCUCACUUAAAUGAAACGAAUCUGUAAUGGAAUGAUUGACACAGUCAUACCGUCUACAAAUUCUAUGCUUGACAUUAAAUAAACUUAAGAUGUGAACGUCCUUAUUCUGAUAAAAAUUUUUAUAAUUAAAAAAACAUUGUUUUGGUUGUGCACAAAGGACAACCAACUGUUACUAUAUGCAGUAUACUGUAGUUCAGCCUGAUAGACUAUUAUAGUGCACCAAAUUUAUGGAGCACUCUCCAUAAAUCCAUUAGAGUAUCUAGACUAGGGGAGUUCAAUUACUGGAAGGUCUAGUGUUUUCUGAUUAUUGUUCCAACCUGAGUGGUCUAUUAAACAAUUAAACCCAUUGUAGUACUGGGUAUAAAGCAGGGGUGGACAAACACCUGGCCUUACUUUUCUUUCUGUGCAGGUCAAUUUAUAAAAAAAAUAAAUAAAAAUAAAUCAAAUCAGAUCGUUGAAAAUAGGAUUAGAAUCAGCAGAACAGGGUUUUCCAUCUCUGGUCCUAAUGACCCUACUAUUUUCUGGUUUUCAAUGCAGUUAGACAUUUUGUUGCUUGCCCAAAUCCCGUAAUAGAAGUCAUAUUUUGAAUAACUAAUCCUUUUUCGACCCUUUUCUGUUCCUACAAUGACAUUCUUAAGUUACUCCAGUUAUCAAAUUGGUGAUAAAUGAAAAUGUCUGUUUGGUAAAUUAUGAGUUAAAUGUGGAAUUCAAUUAGAUAAUCAUGAGCUCAGCUAGGGCUACAGUAAAAGUCAAUGUGACAAUGAGGUCACCAAGACUGGGAAAGUUCAGGACCAUUGAAUAUUUGAUAUUCUCCUGUGGAAUGCCCAAUUGAGGGACAUUCAGUGCUAUCUUUCAAGUUUUUCAAGGUUUUUGGGCUUUGGGAUCACAGCGUUUUCAAGUUUUUGAUCAUGUUGAACUCUCAGUUUCUUAAUUACUCCCUCAGUCAAUUUAGUGAUUUGCUUAGCUAUGCCUUUUUUGUUUACAACUAGUAACAUCCUGUACAUAUAUAUAGAAAAAACUAACAUAUGACUCUGUUCUUCUUUUGAGAAAUUCAGUUGAUUUUCAGAUGAAAACAUUAAAACAUGAAGCUUAAUUUAUUAUUGUUACAGUUUUUAAACUAUAACUAACUGAGAAUUCCAUUUGGAAUUAAAAAAAACUUGUGUUAAGGGUUCCCUGGUUUUGAUUGGUAUAUCACAAAAGACAGAAAAACACACGAAGUGCUACAAACAUAAUAAAAUUUAAUGUGUCAAGUAUAUUUUUUUCUGACAGCUUUGAUGGCAAAUACUGAAUAUACAUUUGUUUUGGAAAGAACAUUCUUUUUGCAAAUUCAUAAUUGCUCACUGAUAACUAUGCCAUGUUACAUUCAUUUCCUGGGUGUAAUAAAGGUUGAAUGCUUCUACAUCUUUUGGUUUCUGCUUUAGAAAGGAAAUGAGCUGUUUAACAAAUUAAUCUAAUUAUUUGGGGGCAUUUAUUAAUUCCCUCCAAAAUAUCCAGUAAUCAUUAUUGAAUAUUUAAGCUAUUAACUGUAAAAAUAAAAAAGAAUAAUAAACAUCAUUAGAUUAAUCCAGUACCCUACUGUGUAGUCAUUAAGCAUUUUAGUAAUACUACAAUUGUUUCUGUAGACUGUAAAUUUCCACUUAUGCUGUAAUGUUAAGAUUAUAUAUGCUCAGUGUAUCUAUAUUAGUAUGUUUAAUAUGUAAUAUAAACUACAAAAUUAAAUUCUUUUAUCUGUU